AUGGUAGAAUAUGUGCCGAUUGCGAAAAAGUACGAUAUUCCCAGGCCAGAGCCAGAAGACUCCGAUGAAGAUGAUACUUCAAGCAGACACAAUGGUAGAGGGCCACAUGGACGGUUUCCGCCAGGUCGAGUAAUCAUUGGUGCUUUGCCACCGAAUAGUUAUCAACUACUUCGAAAAGGAUACUAUUACCAACACUACCCCUACCAUAUGUUACCAAGGCAGUAUCUACUGAGACCUCGUUAUGCUUACGCAUAUCCACCACAGUACCAGAAUGCCGUCUACACUUAUCAUCAUCGCUUGCCUUACAAAGAUCCCUUCAACAUUUACCGCAGCGAUCCCACUUUUAACCCCUAUGCUGCUGCUUAUGGAGGAGGAUGUGGAGGAGGAUCAUCCUGUGGUGGCUGCGGUGGUGAGGGUGGUGAAGGACAUGAAGAGGAAGAUGGUUCUUAUGAAGAGGAAAGCGGAGGAGGAAGAUCGGGUGAAACUGGAAUUAAUAGAAAGGAUCCACUAGAAGAUCUGGAUUUGGAAGAUUUGGAGAAACUUGGAGGUAUGUUGAUUUGA